AUGGGCGUCCUGGACGCGCUGUCGGAGAUGUGCCCGUCGCUGCGCACGCGGCGGCGCGUCAAGAAGCGGCCGCAGCUGACGACGGUGGAGAUGAAGGUCCGGAUCGACUGCGAGGGCUGCGAGCGCCGCAUCCGCAAGGCCCUCCACGGCCUCCACGGCGUCACCGGCGUCGAGGUGGUGCCCAAGCAGAGCAAGGUGGCCGUCACCGGGUACAUCGACGACCCGGCCAAGGUCAUGCGGCGGGUGGCGCGCAGGACGGGGAAGCGGGUGGAGCCGUGGCCGUACGUGCCCUACGACAUCGUGCCGCACCCCUACGCGCCCGGCGCCUACGACAAGAAGGCGCCGCCCGGGUACGUCCGGAACGUCGUCGCCGACCCCGCCGCCGCGCCGCUCGCCAGGGCGUCGUCGACGGAGGUGAAGUACACGUCCGCCUUCUCCGACGACAACCCCAACGCGGCGUGCAUCGUCAUGUAA